AUGCGCCAAAAAACACAAACGAGACUCCUUACCAAAGGCAAGGAACCUGAAAGGGUGUCAGACGAAGACGAGGUGGAAAGUGAGGGUGAAAGUUCUUCGGAAUCUGAGUCAGAUUCCGAAGAGUUGAUGGGUAGCGCCGAAACAUCGGAUUUCCCAAAGGACACGGAACUGGCACUUGACAAUCUGGGUAUGCUCGCGUUGGAAGGUGAGACGAGCAGCGGCGGCGUAAUCGAAAAAGCGGUGGACGUGCUGCAAGGUCCGAAUACAGUUGAUCUUGCGACUUCAAGAUCCACGUCAGUGGACAAUUUUCAGCAUAUUCCAGUUGAACAAGGGCACGUAAACUCACCGAGAGAAUCCAUGCAACAGGAGGCUCACGCUGCGACUCAUUCUGACACCAACGAGGUUCCUAGUAGGCCAUCUACUUCAAGCUCAGAGAUUGUCAGCCAGGAAACAGUAGGUCGGCGCGAAAGACGAAAACGUAAGAUUGUCGACAUUGGAGGAUUGGACGAUUGCUUGUCUGGAUCCCGAGCAGAGCCGACCGCCAACAACGUGAUCCAGUGCAAGAGAAUUGGAUGUGAAACUGUGUGGGCUGCUCCUGCCUCACUGUUCCACGAACCACCACGAACUCUGAUACAUUAUUUUCCUUCAACUAUUUUUAGACACCUUCAAUUGACAUUUUGUCCACUUGGAUUGCUUCUGAUCACUUUUGAUGAUAGGAUUUCACAAGGUUUUGCUGAUUGGGAUUCUCCUCCUAAUACUCCACAAAGGCAUAGAAAUAUUGAGAGGGCAAGAGAGCAUCAAGAAAGGAUGUUGGAAAGUCCUGAGCAUAGGAGAACACCUCAAAAUCCUGCUGUUGGUGGUGGUGUACCUUUUAUUCUUCCUUUCCCUAUUCCACCCCCUGUUGCUCCUUUUCAAAUUCCUCAAGGUCCUGUAGGUGAUGAUCCAUUUGUUGAGGUUCUAUAUAAUGGUCAAAUUCUUCACCUUACUCCUGGGAUGGCUGCACAAGUGGGUAAUUUGCAAAAUCAGGCUCAUGCUGCCCCCCUUGCUGCCCCUCCACCUCUAUUUCCACCUGCUGCUAUGGUAGAUGUGGCAUUACGCAUGUGUGGAAAUGAAUUUACAUUUCACUCAGCAGACUCUAUUAUGAGAGAAGGAGGUGUGGAUGGUGAAUUUGAAUACCCAGUAGAAUACCUCAAUUCCAUCAACCUUAGUGGAAUGCCUCUAGCAAAAUUAGUGUUUGGAAGUCCGGUCUCGUGA